AUGUCCCCUGUCCAUGGUAAAGGCAAAGGCAAGAGCCAGUCAUGGUCGAAUGAGCGUGACGUUAUCGAGUCUCCCAGCCCUAGUUUUCCACCCCGAACUAAGAAGAGACCGGGUCUAUCGGGGGCGAAUGACCCGACAGCAACGAAGAGUGACAGUGCACUUGUCAAGUCCAAGAAGAACAAUCGCGAGAGUCUGACUGCCAGUGGACAUGGUCAACGACGUGUUGCUUCGACUCCGGCGUACCUACAUCAAUAA